AUGACAUCACGGAACCUCAUACCCAUCCUGGUGGGGAUGAUGCUCUUGACUGGCGUCUGCAACACUCUCUUAACCAAAUACCAGGAUAAUCAGUGUGUCCUCGACUGCGACAAUCCCGAUGUAUCAAAGCGAAAACACUUCGAGCAGCCUGUGCUGCAAUCGGCUCAGAUGUUUGUAGGCGAGAUGGGAUGCUGGCUUGUCGUUGCCAUCAUGGCUCUCCACCGUCGUAUCACGCAAAAAUCAUCACCUGCCGACCAAGGGUACCAAGCAGUCAAUACCACCGAUAACGCCGCGGAACAGGCGGCGGAUAUUGACGGGCCACCUCUCAAGGACGACUCUUUGCUCAAGGGCUUCCGCAUCACCCUACUAGCGCUUCCCACCAUCUGCGAUACGUGCGCCACCACUCUUAUGAACGUCGGUCUCCUUCUCGUGGCGGCAUCGAUUUACCAGAUGACAAGAGGUGCCCUCGUGCUUUUCGUUGGUAUUCUGAGUGUUACCGUCCUCCGCCGUCAUUUGCAUAUGUUCCAGUGGCUCGCGCUUGUUGGCGUUGUAGCAGGUGUCGCCGUCGUGGGAUUAGCAGGGGCCAUCUGGCCAGAUGAGAAGGCAGUGCACGCUGCGCUCAAAUCCGACGAAGGGCUCUCGGUUACCACAAAGGCUGUCAUUGGCGUCCUGCUCAUUGCGAGCGCCCAGAUAUUCACUGCCACACAGUUUGUGCUGGAGGAGUGGAUUUUGGAGCACUCGACUAUUGAGCCAAUCAGGGUUGUUGCAUGGGAAGGUGUCUUCGGCUUCAUCAUCACUGUGCUCCUCAUGAUCGUUCUGCACCUCUCUGUAGGUCGAACUGAGGCCGGGCGGCACGGACCAUUUGAUAUGGUGUCUGGCUGGAAUCAAAUGGUGUCCAACAAGGCAGUUGGAAUCUCGAGUAUUCUCAUCAUGAUCAGUAUCGGUGGGUUCAAUUAUUUCGGCUUGUCCGUCACGAGGAGCGUUAGUGCUACAUCGCGUUCUACCAUCGACACAUGCCGUACCCUCUUCAUCUGGGUUGUCUCCCUAGGACUCGGCUGGGAGACCUUCAAAUGGUUGCAGAUUGUCGGAUUUGCUAUGUUGGUUUACUCAACACUGGUUUACAAUGGGAUCGUGAACCCCCCAUUCAAGUCUCUUGAGGCUGGAGAGGAGGUUGAAGAGCUCCUGCCAGAGGAGCCAGUUGAGUCCCGCCAUUAG